UGAAGUUGUACUGUAGUACAUUUACAAUGUAUUUACUUGUAAUAUUAAAUAACACCCAAAAGUUCCGAGUUCACAUUCAAUGCAAUUAAGCACGCUUCAUUUUUACAGGGGUACACACACACACAUGUGGUGUGUUUUUCUAGAUGACAAUAUAUGAGCACAUGUUUGAUUUGUGUCUGAGAUUUGACUCUAGAGCAGUUUCUGAAGAUAGUAGAGGAGUGCUGUCUUCGCAUGGUCAGUGCUGUGCAACUCAGGUUGUUUUUAAUGGCUGAUGGAGAAUUGCAGGAUAUGGAGCACUUUUUUACUAUACUGCCCGGUGCUUUCAGUGACUCAGAGGCCUUCAAAACUAGUGUUGUUGGUCUGUUCAUGCGUCAGAUGCUGCUGGCCUACAAUAACCUGUCCUUCAGUCAGGUGUAUAAGCUGUACAAGUCCCUGCAGCAGUACUGCCGUCGUGGCAAUCAGCCCGAACUGUCCGCUGAAGACAUGGAGCUGACGAGCAAUGAAGAUCCCAGCGCUGACCGCAUAGACAAAGACGAGCUGGACACAGCAUCUCUUCACCAGUCCGAACUGAGAUCUGAUGAGACCUGGGGUCCUUUAUCUCAGAAACAAGCAGAAUACUUCCUUGCACGACAGGCAUACCUCCUUAAGAACGAUGAAAACAAGGCCAUGUCACCAGCUAAGCUACAGGACGAGCUUAACAACAUUCUCAAAUUCAAUCCUGACUUUGCUGAAGCUCAUUACCUCAGCUAUCUGAACAGCAUGCGACUGCAGGAUAUCUACAUCUCCACUCACAGCCUCCUGCACUACUUUGACCGCCUCAUUCUUUCUGGUGGAGAGGGGAAGAGCAACGGAGAUGAAGGCUAUGGCCGCAGUUUGCGCUACGCUAUCUUGAAUCUGGCAACCUUGCACUGUCGCUUCGGACACUAUCAACAGGCUGAUUUGGCUCUGCAGGAAUCAAUCCGCAUUGCACAGGAAGCAAAUGACCACGUGUGUCUUCAACACUGUCUGAGUUGGCUCUACACACUGGAACAGAUGAAAGGAUCUGAAAGUGUGGUAUUAACUGAAGACUCUGUGAAAAUUGCAGCUCACUUUUGUCUCCCUUAUUUGGCAUCUCUAGGCAGUCAGUCUCUGGUCCAGCAGGGAGCAAAACAGGGCAUGCCGCCCAACAAGCUGCUGGACGCCCUGCGAGGAACCGACAUCAUGCACUGGAAGCAAAGCCUCUCUGAGCUGAUAGAAAUCAGCCUGGCACAGACCACCUCUAUAUGGAGGAUGUAUGGCAAAAGCACUAUGGCACGGCAGCAGGCUCAGCUCCUGUUGAACAUGAACAUUCUGGAUCCGGUGAACUUUAGUGAGCAGCAGAACAACACUGAGGCCUUUGCUGUCGCUCUCUGCCAUCUGGCUGAACUCCAUGCUGAGCAGGUACCUGAACUCCCACACAACUACAUGAAUGCAGAUUAGGGCUGGGCGAAAAAAUCGAUAAAACGAUAAUUAUCGCGCGAUAUAAAUUUCCUCGAUAAACGAUAACAAGAGGUCGAUAAAUUUUCGAGCAAAAGGCGGAAGGCGGAACGAAAGAGUGCAACUCAUUUGAAGUUUGUCACUCGGAUCGUUUAUCCGCUCGGAUCAAAGUUUAAACAGCGGCGUGAGCUUCACUAGAGCAGAUGCGUUACUCGCUGAUGAGUCUCAAUCAAACGGUGCAGUGAGAUCCAGUGUGAAGUGCUUGCAUUCAGUGAAGAACACAAAUAACUGUUUACAGCCAGAUGAAACAGCGCUGACAAACAGGAGAAACACUGCGCAGUGAUACAGUUAGAAGACUUUUUAAUCUACAAAUUGCCAUCAUUUACCAUAGAU